AUGGCUGUGAUUAAUACCAGACAAGCACAGACAUACAAUGGAAUCAGAUGGCAAGUAUUACUAUCUUUACUUUUUUCCUGCCUUUAUCAAUCAUCUUCUAGCCAGCUACAAUAUUCAAUUUUUGAAGAAAUGAAAAAAGACUCUGUUAUUGCAAAUAUUGCAAAAGAUAUUGGAUUAGAAAUAAAGGAGAUCUCAUUGAGAAAACCUCACAUUGUUUCACGUGUUUCAGAGAAAUAUUUUUAUGUUAAUUUGGAAAAUGGAAAUUUAUAUGUUAAAGACAGGAUAGAUAGAGAGGCACUGUGUGAAACAUCAGAGUCUUGCUUCUUAAUGUUUGAUGCUGUGAUUACAAAUCCCUUAAAUGUUUUCAGUGUAAAAAUUGAAAUUCAGGAUAUUAAUGAUAAUGCUCCAAAAUUUUUACAUGACACAAUCAUUUUAGAGAUAAUGGAAUCUACUUUACCAGGAGCAAAAUUUAUUUUACAAAAUGCUCAAGACCCAGAUAUUGGUAGAAAUUCUGUACAGACUUACAAGCUUAGUGAUAAUCAGCAUUUUAUUCUGAAUGUAAAAACAAGCAGUGAUGGCACUAAAUUUCCUGAACUUGUGUUAGAGAAACCUUUGGAUCAUGAGAUUCAAAACAUUCAUGAAUUAACAAUAACAGCUAUGGAUGGAGGAAAUCCAGUUCAGACUGGCACUGCAUUAAUCAAGAUACUUGUUCUUGAUAUUAAUGAUAAUAUUCCUGUAUUUACUCAAGAAGUAUAUAAAGUGAGCAUCAAUGAAAAUACUCCAAUCAACUCUACAGUACUUUGUGUAACAGCGGUUGACAGGGAUGAAGGGUCCAAUGGACAAAUCACAUAUUCCUUUAAUAAAAUUUCAGAAAAAGUUCUGCAUAUAUUUAGCAUUGAUCCAAUAAAUGGAAACAUUAAAAUUAAGAAAGACUUAGAUUUUGAAGUCACACAAAAAUAUGAAAUGUCUGUUCAAGCAAAGGAUGGAGGAGGCCUAGUUGCACAUUCUAAGAUUUUAAUAGAAAUAAUUGAUGUAAAUGACAAUGCACCUGAGCUAUCAGUUAGAUCAUUAUCUACGCCAAUACCAGAGGAUUCCCUGCCUGGCACUGUGGUAGCACUUAUUGAAGUUCAUGAUCAAGACUCAGGUGAAAAUGGUGAUGUUGACUGUCAUAUAAGAGAAUCAGUACCUUUUGAAUUAAUGCUGUCUUCAGGGAGGUACUACAAAAUAGUUACUACACAAGCUAUGGACAGAGAGAAAGAAUCAAGUUAUAUCAUCUAUAUUGUAGCUGCUGAUAGAGGAAAUCCUUCACUUUCUAAUAAGAUCAGUAUUAAGAUAGAUAUAUCAGAUGUUAAUGAUAAUCCACCGGUAUUUAAAAAAUCAUCAUAUGAUCUCUAUAUACCAGAAAAUAACUUGCCUGGAGCUUCAAUAUAUAGAAUGCAUGCUUCAGAUCCUGAUGCUGGGGAGAAUUCUAAAAUUGUAUAUUCCAUAUCUAGUAAAAAUACAGAAGACAUUUCUAUGAGCUCUUAUUUUUCUAUCAAUCUAGAGACAGGAGAUCUCUAUGCUCAGCAAUCAUUUGAUUAUGAGCAGCACAAGGAUUUUCAAAUCCAAAUAGUGGCUAGAGACAAUGGAUCUCCAUUUUUAAGUAACAAUGCAACAUUAUUUAUCCACAUAGUGGAUCAGAAUGAUAAUGCACCAAAAAUUUUGUAUCCUUCAUCAGAAAGUGGUGGAUCAGCUGUAUUUGAAAUGGUCCCUCUUAUAUCACCACAAAGUUCCUUGGUUUCUAAAGUGGUAGCUGUAGAUGAAGACUCAGGUCACAAUGCUUGGCUAUCUUAUCAUUUUAUUCAAAUGUCAGAACCAUCUCACUUUACUAUUGACCAGCACACAGGUGAAAUCAGGACAUCACGUGUUUUUCAAGAAAAGGAUGUUUUAAAGGAAAAAAUUGUGGUUAUGGUUAGGGACAAUGGAAGCCCAUCUCAAUCAGCAACAGUUACUUUAAAUCUGGUUGUUACUGAUAAUUUUCAACAAGUUAUUCCCAAACUCAGUAAUCAACUCAUAAAUAAUAAAGAUCCACAAACUAACCUGCAAAUAUACUUAGUAAUAGCUCUGGCUUUGAUUUCCUUUUUAUUUUUAUUAACAGUUAUGUUAGUCAUGAUAUCAAAGUGUAAGGAAUCAAAGCCUUCCACAUCCUUUGGAUCUUUUAGUAAAGACUUAUAUUCUCAAGUGGAUCCCAGAAUGCUUUCCAAAUAUAACAACGGGACAUUGACUCUACCAUAUUCCUAUAAUGUCUGUGUGGCUUUAGAUACUAGUGAAAACGACUUUAGAUUUGUGAAGCCAGACCAAAAUGUUACAAUAGACAAUCUUAUUGAUACUGAAGAUUCAGGGCUUGGAAACGAGAAUAUAAAAGAAAUUGUUCUUCCUAACAGUAAUGAGCAGGUGAGUUGUUUACAUUCUAGUAUAUUAAGUUACUAA